CUAGAGGUCGAGGAGAGGAACUGCCGUGUGUGGCGGGGGGCUGGAGGGCCACCUUGCGCCCCACCUAGUCUGCAUCCCCGCCCGUGUUCGGUGGCCUGUCCCCCAACUCCCGCCAGCAGGGACGCCGCUCUGCGAGGCUCCCGGUUCGCCGUCCCACCGGCCCUUCCAGUUUCUCCCUCGUCGGACGUCCGAGCCCCGCCGCUGCGGCCCCUCCCCUACAGGGCCCCAUGCGCCCCGUCGCCCGCGGCCCGACGCCCCGGGAGCAUGGAGCCCUUUCUCAGGAAGCAGCUGACCUUCCUGUCCUCCUUCUGGGACAAGAUCUGGCCGGCGGGCGCGCUGGACGACGGCAUGCCCCGGUUCCUGGACCCUGGCGCGGACGCCGAGCAGCAGACCCCCGCCGCGGAGCCCCGCAGCCCCCCGGCGCGCGCGCGGCUCUUCAGGGCGCUGUACGACUUCACGGCGCGGUGCGCUGAUGAGCUGAGCGUCAGCCGCGGGGACAGCCUCUACGCCCUCAAGGAGGAGGGCGACUAUAUCUUUGCCCGCAGGCUCUCCGGCCCGCCCAGCGCCGGGCUGGUGCCCAUCACCUACGUGGCCAGGGCCACCCCUAAGACGCUCUCAGACCAGCCCUGGUACUUCAGCGGCAUCAGCCGAACCGAGGCCCGGCAGCUGCUCCUGUCCCCGGCCAACGCGCCGGGGGCCUUCCUUGUUCGGCCCAGCGAGAGCAGCCGCGGGGACUACUCGCUGUCAGUCCGGGCCCAGGCCAAAGUCCACCACUACCGCAUCUCCACGGCGGCAGACGGUGGCCUCUACCUGCAGAAGGGCCGGCUCUUCCCCAGUCUGGAGGAGCUGCUCGCCUACUACAAGGCCAACUGGACGCUGAUCCAGAACCCGCUGCUGCAGCCCUGCAUGCCCCAGAAGCCCCGGAGCCAGGACGAGUGGGAGAGGCCGCGCUCCGAGUUCACCCUGCGGAGGAAGCUGGGCGAAGGCUACUUCGGGGAGGUGUGGGAAGGCGUGUGGCUCAGCUCCGUGCCCGUGGCGGUCAAGGUCAUCAAGUCAGCCGACAUGAAGCUCGAAGACCUCGCCAAGGAGAUCCAGACGCUCAAGAGCCUGAGGCAUGAGCGUCUCAUCCGGCUGCACGCGGUGUGCUCCGCCUCCGAGCCCGUGUACAUCGUCACCGAGCUCAUGCGCAAGGGCAACCUUCAGGCCUUCCUGGGCAGCCCUGAGGGCCAGGCCCUGAGCCCGCCCCUCCUGCUGAGCUUUGCCCGCCAGGUGGCCGAGGGCAUGAGCUACCUGGAGGAGCGGCGCAUCGUGCAUCGGGACCUGGCCGCCAGAAACGUGCUUGUGGGCGAUGAUCUGACCUGCAAGGUGGCCGACUUUGGCCUGGCUCGGCUGCUCAAGGACGACAUCUACUCCCCAAGCAGCGGCUCCAAGAUCCCCGUCAAGUGGACGGCGCCCGAGGCGGCCAACUACCGCGUCUUUUCCCAGAAAUCGGACGUCUGGUCCUUCGGAGUCCUGCUGUAUGAGGUCUUUGCCUAUGGCCAGUGUCCCUACAAAGGCAUGAGCAACCACGAGACGCUGCAGCAGAUCAUGCGAGGGUACCGCCUGCCGCGCCCGGCCGCCUGCCCCGCCGAGGUCUACCUGCUCAUGCUGGAGUGCUGGAGGGGCAGCCCCGAGGAGCGGCCGGCCUUCGCCGUGCUGCAGGAGAAGCUGGGCGCCGUCUACAGGCGCCUCCACCCUGCCCUCACGUGA